AUGAAGACUGCUCUCAUCACUGGCGCUUCGGGCUUGCUAGGCCGCAAGGUCGUGGAAGCCUUCGAUCGCGACGGCUGGAAAGCUGUAGGCACCGGGCUCACACGAGUGAACCCACCGGCCAUUGUCAAGCUUGACAUCCUCAGCAAGGGCGAUGUCGAGAGAGUUCUAGACGAAGUCAAGCCAGAUGUCGUCGUCCACUGCGCAGCAAACCGCUUCCCAGACUCCUGUACCUCCGAUCCUGACGCGGCCCGCGCUCUUAACGUGACGGCCUCCAGCGGCCUUGCGACAGCGACCUCCUCUCGCGGCAUCUUCCUCAUCUACAUCUCUACCGACUAUGUGUUCUCCGGAGCUCCUGGCGAAGCACCUUACACACCCACCUCCAAACCCGAUCCUCCAAACGUAUACGGCCAAACGAAGCUCGACGGCGAGAAGGCUGUGCUGGAAGCUACAAACAAGAUAACGGCACAGGGCACACAUGGCGGUAGCCCCGUUCUCAGCGUCGUUCUCCGCGUUCCAAUAUUGUACGGGUCUUGCGAGCCAUCUGAGAGUGCCGUGAAUAUCCUCAUGAAGCAGAUAUGGUCCUCGCAAGAGCUGAGCCCCACUUAUCCCAAGAUCAAAGUCGACGACUAUGCUCAGCGCUUCCCCACAAACACGCAGGAUGUGGCCCGCGUCUGCCUGGACAUUAGCAAGCUUUAUCUGGAGCCGGGAAACAAGAAGGAUCUGCCUACCAUACUACAAUUCUCGUCAGAGGAUAAGAUGACGAAAUGGGAGAUUGUGCAGGAGCUUGCGGAUAUUCUGGGCCUGCCGCUUGAGAACAUGGAGUCAUUCAAGCCCACAGAAGACCAUCAGGAUGGAGUCAAGAGGCCAUAUGAUUGCCAUCUCGAUACUGGUGCUCUCAAGGAGCUUGGCAUUGAUGUUGGUACUGUGGGCUUCAGGACUUGGUGGAGACGGGAGCUUGGGGCAUUCCGCCAUUGA